UUCCAGAACAUUUAUAGAUUCAAUAUGUGUAUUAGUGACUCUUUAUAAGUUAUAAUGAGUCGAGUUUGUUACAAAAGAAAUUCGUGUCAAACUCAAACAAAGAUUUGAGCAUACUCGUCAUUUUCUGCCGUAACUUUCUUAAACACUUCUCCAAUAGGGUAACUUUAACCAUCAGUUUGAUUAACAAAUUUAGUGGUUUAAAAAAACUAAAACUGAGAUCCGAACCAAACCACAUCGAUUUUCAUCGUUUUAAUUCGAUUUUUAAACUGAACCCAAAAAAUUAAUUUUUUCAAUUUGAUUUGAAUUAUCGAUUUAAUUGAUUUUUUACGACACCCUAAUACCCUAAUUGCAACUAACUAAUAACAUAAUCCUUUCCUAUUAUUUACUUUUUAUGGGUUUAAAAUGGUAAAAAAAAAAAGGCUCUGAUUGUAUGAACCAUCUAUCUUGUUCAACAAAAGAAUCUUCAUGUGCCUUGUGGUGAUUAACAUAUGUUUCCAAAAGAAAAAGAAGAAUGGAUGGAAUAAAGUAGCAGUACUUGAAACUUGAAACAACAUCCUUAGUAUCAAGUAUCAAGUAAAGGUUCAAUUAUUGACAAACUUUACAGUUAACUAUGAAAGCAAUACUAUUCAGAAGAAGCCCGUCAUUAUUUAAAUCUUGGUUUAUCCCGCAAACAAAUAUCUAUGUCACGAGGUCAACAACAAUUUUUUAUAUUUCAAUCAUGAAGUUUCCUGUCAUGAUCAAUGCUUAGAAAUUAUAAAGUUGAAGGCUAUGGAUCUGGAAGAAGAAAUUAGCAGGUACGAAAGAUGGAAGCAAAGUACUAAAGCAUUGUUAAGUGCUGUGCGCAAAGAAACAUGUCAACCGUAUAGCAUUCCCGUUGUUCCAGACAACCUUCGGAAAUGGAAUGAGACUGCCUACAUUCCAAAAGUCGUUUCCAUCGGCCCCCAGUAUAGAGGAAGGAGGGAGCUAUUACAAGCGGAAGAGAUCAAAUGGCGCUGCGUCACCACUCUUCUUAGUCGAACAUUCGGGCUGGAUGCAAUUGAAAAGUGUAUGAAAGAAGUUUUGAAGUUAGAUGCAACUGUUCGUGCAAGCUACGUAGAUGAAAUCACACUCGAUAGGUAUGCUCUGGCAACGACUAUGGUAUUUGACGGGUGUUUUCUGUUAGAACUUCUCAUUUGUGAAUCUAAGUAUGAUUCAGAGUUACCAAUACCAUUUAAUGGCAUUAGUCCCGGAAUAGAAGUAAAACAGAUGGACUAUGUCAUAAGCGAUCUGAUGCUACUGGAUAAUCAGAUACCAAUUUAUAUUCUUGAAAUAUUGUUCGAAAAUCUUCUUGGUUCCUCUCCCCAAAUGCGAGAGCUCAUACAAAAUCUGGCUCUUCCUGUCUUCGGCUUCUCUUUGAAAUUGAUGGUUAAAUCCACCUUCCACUUCCUUGAUAUUGCUUACUCCUACAUGGAAAUGGGAUGGAUUGAUAAAAAGAUAGAGGAGAAUGUUAAAGAUAACAAACUCACUAUGCAAAAUCAAAAUCUAAAUCGCUGUGCUACUAGACUCAAAGCUGUCGGUAUAACCAUCCAACUUCUUGAUAUAAAUAAAAACUUUAUAUCUACCACCGAGUUCAACAAAAGUAGGAGGAUACUAAAAAUCCCAAAGCUAGUAAUUGAACGAACAACAGAAGCAUUGUGGCGGAGUUUCAUCGCUUGGGAGCAUCAUAAGAAGAAAUUGAAGAUUGGUUCUUCAUCGGUUGUUGACAGGCGUAGUAUAUGCACUUCCUCUGCCAUUCUUUUCAGCGAUUUGAUAUGCUGUACAGGUGAUGUUCAAUUGCUCAAAGACAAGGGAAUUAUAGUAGACAAAUCAGAGAAGAGCAAUAGAGAUCUGGUGGCUUUUUUCCAUUCAAUCGCAAAGGGAGUUGAUCGUGACAUUAUUGAUUCCAAUCAUAUCGCCAUGUUUAAUGCCAUGAACACAAUUUCUUCAGCAAAUUACGCCACUAAAGUCUUCAUAUUACUGCACCAUUACUUUUGCAAAGUUUUAGACUGGUGUUACAACGUUCACACAUUUUUCAAGCGCGGUUACAACUUUGCUUUUACCAUUGCAGGUUUUCUCACUUUGAUCCAGACUUGUUACGCAAUUGUUGCCUAUCAUUUUCCCAAAAAACAGUAACCACACUGUUUGUUUCCCAGUUGGCCUUCCAACAAAGAAAAUGAGAUGUGGUUUCCAUAUGAAAACUACUAAGGACUUAGAUUAUAGACAUUCAUGUCUACUUGAAACUGCAUUUCACUGUCACAUUUUUUUUAUGUCAAUUUAACUUCAAUUUCAUUUUAAUUUAGAUGUUUAUGACUUAUGCAGCUUUAGUUUCAAUUCUUUUAAUUAAGUUCAUCCAUUUUUUCUCAUUGCAAUUUAUCAUUCAUAUAUUUAUAUGAUGCAUUUUUAACUAUAUCUCGUCAAACUUUUAAUUAACGUACCUUCAUAAUAAAAAUGCAUUUGAAGUACUAUUUGAAUAUAGUUCAUGGGUAACAUCAUAGUGACAAUGGGGUGUCAAACUAAGGUCACUUGUUUUCACCCUCUAACACUACAAGAAAAUCUCUGA